AUGCGUACAAGUUCCAUUGAUAUUCACCCAAAUGCAAUAUGGUCAAAGAAUGGUAUCACUGUUGCUGGAGGACAUGGAUAUGGCAGUAAAACCACUCAACUCGAUCACCCAUGGGGUUUGUACGUCGACGAUGAUCUAACGAUUUAUGUCGCUGAUUAUUGGAAUCAUCGUAUUGUGGAAUGGAAAUCUGAUGCAACGAAUGGAAAAGUGGUUGCUAGUGGAAAUGGACGAGGGAAUAAAGCUCAUCAAUUGAAUAAUCCAUAUGAUGUAAUUAUCGACAAAGAGAGCGAUAGUCUCAUCAUCAGCGAUUACGGGAAUAACAGAGUAGUUCGAUGGCCUCGUCAAGAUGGUACUCGUGGAGAAACAAUUAUUUCAAGUAUCCCUUGCAAGGGUUUGACAAUGGACGAUAAUGGUUGUCUCUAUGUCGUUGAUCGGAAAAAAUAUGAAGUGAGACGAUAUGAAAUUGGUGAUACUCAAGGAACAGUGGUUGCAGGUGGCAAUGGAGAAGGAAAUCGUCUCGAUCAACUCUCUGAGCCCUCCUACGUAUUUGUCGACCGAGAUCAUUCAGUUUAUGUGUCAGAUUGUUACAAUCAUCGUGUCAUGAAAUGGGAAGAAGGUGCAACACAAGGCAUUAUCGUCGCCGGUGGUCAAGGGAAAGGAAAUAGUCUUACACAAUUGAGUUAUCCUAAUGGAGUCGUUGUCGAUCAAUUCGGUACUGUCUAUGUGGCUGAUUUGGGUAAUCAUCGAAUCAUGCGUUGGCCAAAAGGAACCACACAAGGAAGUGUCAUUGUUGGUAGAAAUGGUGAAGGAGCACAGUCGAAUCAACUCGCUUACCCCAGAGGCUUAUCAUUCGAUCCACAUGGCAAUCUCUAUGUCGUCGACAUGAAUAAUCAUCGAGUACAAAAAUUUAAUAUCUAA